CUGAAUAUGCUUGUUCUGAGGUAAAUGUGACGUUACGUUUGUUUGUUUACCAGCAUUUUUAUUAACGUGGUUAAUUCCGUGGUUGAAACACUGAUUAAACGAUUACAUGAGACAUGAUAUGGAUUUUGAUAAGUUAAACUGUAUCUUUUAACAUACCUUUAGUUGUACAUUCAUGUUUAUUUCGCGCUGUAACUGGUAUUAAAUCAGAGGAGAGAAUCAGUUCACGUGCACGUCAGGCUGCCGCUUCUCUAGAACUGAGGCGUUACGAUCUGUCACGGCACAUUAUAGAGCGGCAAAUCCGUAUCCUCGUGCUUUUUAAAGCGGGUAUAUGCAAAUCCUUGACCUUUCCUAGUGGGUAUAUGGUAACUACCUGUGGGUACAUUUUCGUAAGUCACAAAAUACGUACCCAUACAUACGUAUCGCUGCAGUUUCGAUGUGAAAUGUCCACUGAGUGGCGCUAAAAGCAUGUUCUUUUUUUUUUUUUUUUUUGCCAGAGCAGAUAAUAGGGUGAAUAUGGUAUGAUUUAUGACGUUGGUUUUUAGACGAAUCACCGCGGUUCUGAUUUGAAAUUUGCACUCCGUUGCGUUUUAAAAUAAUGUCCCACCGACACUACGCCUAAACCUACCCGAUAGUGUUAACAAAAGCAAACGUGACAUAAAAAGCAUCCAAGAUCGUACCGUUAUUUCAGCCCGUUUAGAUCUCUCUUUGAGCUCUCUUUUACCGUCACUCGCCUUUCACGGGAUUCAUACCCAGGGGACUCUUUGUCGUAAGUACAGCUCCGUAUCGGCUGAGCUACCGAGCAAGCUGGUUAUGGCAAAAAAUAAAAGCGUAACAUAUAGAGCCGGUUAAGCGAUGCAAAGUCCAAAGUAUGUUCGUUUACAAAUCGUGCACUCUGGUAAAAAGCGUUUUGAAGUCAUAACAUAAUAUUGCGCGAGGAGACGUGAAAACGAGUCUUUAUUAAUCCAUAAUCUGACCCCGGUUGAAUCGCAACCGUGUAUGAAAACGAUCAAAAGCUCUUAUUGAUGUUUUACCACCUCUAGCGUUCGUUUCUGUUGGAAACUGCAGCGAUACGUACUACGUCUUAUGAGACCAGGUUGGGUAAACAUGCUACUGUUUAACUGUGUUUUGAUUAAAUAAGUGUAGCCUUGGUGAACAUAAGAUAAUUAAUAAUUAAAAAAUCUUACCACCCCCACACUUGUGUGUGUGUGCGUGCGUGCGUGUGUAAAUAAUAUAUAUUUUAAAUACAUAAGUAGCGACUAGUUUCUUUUUAAGGAAUGAAUAUUAAAGCGGCUUGCCACAUACAGUGUGGCGAUCGCAGCAGAUAUGUAAAGCCGACUACACAUUUCUUCAAAUAAAGCCUUGACGACGAAUCUCAGGUCUUCUAGAUGUCAACUGUUAGACAGAUAUAUCAGAGAACUAGCUGACACUGGCAUUGCUCUUUUUCGCAAGACAUUACCAGCGACGUCGGAGCGCAAAAGCAGUAGCAUCAGUAAUCAGACUAGGACGCUCUCCUCAGCUCCCUCCCAACCGCACAGCUGAGGCGGAUUCAACUGCAGCACUGGGGGAACGUAUCGCUGGAUGUGGGUGAAGACUGUGUGAAUGCGCGUGUAGGCUCAUACGCUGGGAUAGCGAGAUCUGGUCAUCCUAACCCUAUGCGCCUUAAGAACACUUCCCAAUCUGGCGGGUUCAGGAAUGAGGCAGGUGUAGCGGCGAGGGCGCAUCCAUGAGCGUCUUCUCCCGGGACGGCAUGUUUUUAGUUUAACCGGAUUUGUUGAACAGACUGGGGAAGAGGAAAGGCGAGUUCGGAAGUUUUGAUGCAUAUGAUCACAACCACCAUGAUUUUUAUGAUCCUCGGUGCUUCAGUUGUCAUGUGGUCACAGUACCAGGUCAUGUAGCGGUUGCUGUGUUCCAAUACUGCUUGUCAUGUCCCGGUUGACUCGAAUGGUUCUUUGCAGGCGAUAGCGUGUUUAAUGGACAUGAACGCACUCCUGGACCGCUUUCACAACUACAUCUUACCGCAUUUACGAGGGGAAGACCGCGUCUGUCAUUGCAACUGUGGAAGGCAUCAUGUUCACUACGUAAUUCCAUAUGAUGGAGAUCAUUCGCUCGUGGACUCGUCUGAGAAUUACUUUGUGAGUGACAGUGUGACCAAACAGGAGAUGGACCUCAUGCUGGGGCUGUUGCUGGGCUUCUGUAUCAGCUGGCUGUUGUUGUGGCUGGAUGGAGCUUUGCACUGUGCUGUGAGGGCCUGGAGAGCCAGUCGCUAUUAUGAUACCCCUUCCUGGUCGUGGUUGCCACAGUUCUGCAACCUUCGGGACCUCCGUAGACGCGCACAGCUUCGGCAACUGGAGGAUUCCAGCGGAAACAUGGUGCACAUCAAGCAGAAGCUCUAUCACAACGGUCAUCCCAGCCCCCGCCACCUCUGACUUUAACAGCAGUUUCCCCAAAACUGCUUCAUUACCAGCUGCUGCCUCAGAGACCCACUUUAAUUGUUCCACUACAUCUUUUAGACCUUCAAGAACCACUCAAGUAUUUGCCAAAAGAAGAAAGAAGAUUAUUGUUGCCAAUAUGCUGAUCUGUGUCCACGUUCGCCACAUUUGGCGAACGGUUUAGAAAGGUUUUUUUCUGUACAGGCAUUUUAUUUUCAAUUGCUGAUUCUAGGCAUGCACUUUUAGAAUGGGGGAGGAUGCAAGAAAUCGUUUUAUGAGACAUUGGGAGUCAAUUCAUGUUUAUUCCUUGCUUUUCCCUCCCACCUUUUUUAGCUUUUUCAUCAGGAUACAACUUUUUGGGAGGGGGGUGAUAAGCGGGUGGGGUGGGAGGGCGGAGGUCAUGGUUUUGUGAUGGUAUAGUUAGAGAUUAAUGAUCAUGUAAAUAGUUAUACAUAUUGUUUUAUGGGAUUUAAAUGAACACAGGAGUAAGAGGUAACUGUAUAAAAAGAGAGAAAAAACAUAAAGAGGAAAGAAUUUUGAAUGCAGAUGUGAUAUGUGAACUUUUUGGAUGGAUGAAAAAGAGAUCACUCUAAAAAAAAAUGAUUGAUUAGCUUUGUUACUACGUGAAAUUAAUGAAUGUAUUAAUUUUAUCUGUAAAUAAAGGAGAGUGCAGGAAGGUUGAAAUGAGCGGUCAGGGCUCUUUUUGCUGUUUUGAACGUCAUCUGUCCUGUGUGAGAGAGCCGCUAGCACUUGCCUUGUCUUCCCUACACUGUGUCCAAUAGCCCUUCCAGGUCUACGUUUAAACUACUCCAUACUCAAACAAGAACAACCAGCCUGCCAGCACAGAGAGCCCUGACCCAAUUUUCUCUUCCUCUUUAUGUCCAGACAUUGCUGUUGUGAAGAUAAAAUGUCUGUUUUAUUAAAAGUGCCAUUGAAGCACAACAGUGACCCCUA